AAAACAUAAUUAUAAAAAAAUUUAAUUGAAAAGUGUAUAUACAUAUAUGUAGUUACUUAAUUCAUCUAUUGCAAUAGUAAAAAUUAUCGUUGAAGCAUGAGAGAGCAAUUUUUCCAAAAUUAUAAAGACAAAAAUCACUAACUACUAAAUUGCCAAAAACAAACCCUUUCUAACUACGAAGACUUCACUAUUCCAUUGAUUGUUCCAUUAUUACAAAAUAAAAUUGAAAUUUUUAAAAUGAUGUGCAUGUAUAUAUGUACGUCUAUCAAGUUCUUUUUAUAAUUAAUUGGCUUUUUGCGCACUACAAUUUAAGCAAGUCCCUAUAGAAGUCUAUGAACUCCUUUUGAAGCUUCAGAUUAAGUUUAAUUUCACUUCAUAUGCUCACUCCGUGAUACUAAUGAAAAUCGUUCAAUAAAAUAUAUCUGUCAAACAUAAAAUAACACAGCAUAAGCAUAAAUCAUAUAAAAUUAAAUAAAAAAAAAGAUAAAUAAUAAAAAAUAAUAUACAAAUCCUUAAAAAUGAAAAAAAAAAAAAUAAGUUCUUGAGAAUUUCGACAAGCAAAAAUAAAUCAAAGAAAAUCUAAUUUUAACAAUCAAUAACAAUUUAUUAAUUGCACACCUUCUUUAUGAAAUCCAAACUAAGCAUAUCAAUGUCAAGUCAACAAACCAACAGUUUACUCAAUCAGCAGCCAGUGACAAAUCAACGCCAAGUGCAGUGAAAAAAAAAACAAAAAACAGCAACAACAACAGCAAUACGCAGCCAAUGCCAAGAUUUUGUCAUCCCAACGGUAUUGCCGAAUAAGGCGAGCGCCACACAAAAUACCCUACAGGCUCCAUAUAUUGUGUACAAACCAAUACCUUCUUCUUCCAAUUAUAUGUACAUACAUAUAUUUAUAUAAAUACUUGCAUACAUAUGUAUGUAUUUCAAUUCCAAUUGUAUUGUCAACAACAAAAACCACCCCAAACUCACCAAACAACACUUUCUUUACACACACUCCCAACAACAACAUUUUUAAAAUAAAAUAAUAAAAAAAUAAAAUAUUACAACCACAAGCAUUUCCCCUCUUCAAACGUACAUAAAGUGUUCCGUUUGCCACACACAUAUGUAAACGAAUCGAAUUGCCACGAAAUGAAAUGAAUCGAUGCGACAACCGCGCAGCAAUCACAAUCAUUUCUCCCAUUUCCGACGCAACUGAUUGAAUGUCAUUUCUCACUGUCGCAGCUGCUGCGGCUGCUGCUAGCGUCGCAGUCAUGCUCAAUGCAGUCGACGUCAUACAAGCGACGCUGUUGGCGUUCUCGUUGGUGGUUGCCAUCGUCGUCGUCAUCAUCGUCGUUGCGACUCUAGCAGUUGUCGUAUUUUUCUUCUAUCAAAUUUCAUUUUUUCGUUUCGGUUCCUUCUGCAAUUGCGAUUGUGUAUGUAAUGUAAUUGUUGUUUGUCCCUGCGCGCUUGUGUGUGUGUGUGUGUGAGUGUGGGUAUAUCCGCUUAUAUUCCCCACAUUGCUGUAUAUUUCAUUACUGCUAUUGUUGUUGCUGUUGCUACGUUUGCUACUGCCUGUUCGACUGUUUGCUGAUUGUAUAUUUGGGCGGCGCACAACGCGUCUAUUUACCAACUAGUAUGUGAGUGCGCAUUGUAUUCGUAUUCGGAAUCGCAAUCGCAUUCGUAUUUUCACCGUGUGUUUCUGUGACUGUCUGCAAUCAUUUGUCGUCCUCUCUCAUACGCGCAGUGACACGCCGACGGUGCGGUAGUUAAAUAUUAAAUGCGGUAAAUUCGAAUUGUGAAUGCAUACUUUUCAAUGCGCUCGACUAAUCGUUAGUGCUGAUUUGCUAAUAUUAAAUAAAAAACAACUAUUGGUGUUUAAUAUUCAAACGAAUUGCGAUUGGUUAAUUGGAUUUAUAGUGUUUGUGCGGUUUUAGAAAAUUGCGUUGUAUUUUUAUUUAUGCGAAAUAAUUUGUCAUAAAUAACGUUCAAAAACACAAAACUAAAAAGUGUAAAACAGACGUGCAAAUAAAUACAUUAAAACUAAUUGUAGUGCUGUUAAGUGAUAUUGUAAAAGAAACAACUGAAAUACCAAGAAAAAUCUACAGUUAUCCACAAAAGUGUAGCAAAACACAAUUAAUAUUAAAAAAGUUAAAAAAUCAAUAAAUAACGGUCACACACAGAGAGAAAAAAAAUCCGUUCAGUGUUGCAUGUGACAAAGCAUGGAUUCUAACGCCGCCGAUGCACAAUCGAUCACAAGUGAACAUAGUGUUGCCUCGUCUACCUCCUCCGCCGUUGCGCUGCAUGGCGCCGUAUUAGCGGCUGUUAAGCGCGAACGUUCACCCACACCGGUUACGAACAGCAGCAAAACAAUCAUGAACACCAUUUCAGUGGCCACCAAUUUGACAAACAAUAAUCACAAUAGUAAUAACAACAACAAUAAUAAUAAUAAUAACAAUAGUCCACGUCACAACAAACUGAGCCCCAGUUAUCAUCACAAUAAUAACAAUAACAAUAGCAUACUGUUGGCGCACAGUAUGAAUCCGACAGCGCUGCUAAUGCAUCAUCAGCAGCAACAGCAGCAACAGGCACAACAUCAACAACAACAACUUCAACAUCAGCAACAACAGAAUGGCUCACGUGAUGGUAAUAGCAGCCGUGGCGGUAGCGGUCCCGGCGGCAGUGGUGCCGGUUCUCUAAGCGGCAGCAUAGGUGACGAUCGUCCCUCCAACGGACGCCUAUCACAUACUGGACGCGGUUCCAGUUGCUCACCAGCCAGUUCACCAACACGCCAUCCGAACGCCGUCAGUCCGGUGACAUCGCUCAAUCAUACGAUGAUGCAACAAAUGCAACAACAACACCAUCAACUUAGUCCCCCACCACAUGUGACGGGUGUGCCGACCGCGAAUGGUUUGCCCGCUGGUCUGCCACCGCGUAUGCCGCACGGUUUGCCACCACAUUCGUUGGGUUUGCUCAACUCACUGCAAAUGAUGCAUCACGCCUCGCCGCUUGAAUUGAUGGCCGCAGCACAUCAUCACGUGCCGCCGCGCUCCUACAAUAGUCCGCCACCGAUCUCCACAUCGGAUCCCAGCGCCAAUGAAUGUAAGCUGGUCGAAUAUCGUGGCCAGAAAGUAGCCGCUUUCAUUAUAAGCGGUGACACGAUGUUGUGUUUGCCGCAAGCUUUCGAGCUGUUCCUCAAACACUUGGUGGGCGGUCUGCAUACGGUGUAUACGAAACUGAAGCGGUUGGAUAUUGUACCGUUGGUGUGCAAUGUGGAACAAGUGCGUAUAUUACGCGGUCUCGGCGCCAUACAACCGGGUGUCAAUCGGUGUAAGCUGCUCGCCUGCAAGGACUUCGACAUCCUGUACAGGGACUGCACGACUGCCAGAUGCUUAUCGAUCAAGCCACCUGAGAGUAACUCUCUGCAAUUCCGCAGUUCCAGACCGGGUCGACCGCCAAAACGUGGCCCCGUGGGUUUGUCGCUGCCGCCCACUCACCUGUCCCAGCAUCCGCAGUUGAAGAAGCAUCGUUUGGAUAAUGGUGAUUACGCUUACGAAAAUGGCCAUAUUGCUGAUUUAAAUCGCCUGGAGAAGUCACCACUACUCGCUAACGGCUAUAAUCCCCCGCCCAUCAAUCAUAUGGCUUUCAUGCAAAUGAAUCAUCAUCCCGGCACGGCAUUAAUGUCACCCGGCAUGCCGCCACAUGGCUUACACGCUCGUCCCGACAGUCAAAUGCUGAAAGCCGCCGCUCAGGGCGGUAUGUCGGCGGCGAAUAUGGACGCAUUGGCGCGUUCCGGCAUUUGGGAGAAUUGUCGCGCAGCUUAUGAGGAUAUUGUUAAGCAUUUGGAACGCCUACGCGAAGAGCGCACUGAUGAACGCCAGCAAAUGAAUAGCGGUGGUGGCAUCGGCAAUGAGCCGAAGAUACGCGAUUUAAGCUCACGAAAUUCUGGUUCGCCGAAUCGUCAAAGUCCCGUACUGAAUCUCUCCAAAUCCGGCGGCAAUACCGAUCAAGGCAGCAAUUGUGAUGACCGCAGCGAACGCAGCGAAAUGCAUUCGCCAGUGCAUUCGGUGCGUGAUGGCAGCGUCGGUGGCGGCAGUCAGGGUGUGAUUGGUGUGGAGGACGAUGAUGACGAGAAUCUGAGUGAUGAUAAUGCGUCAGAAGUCGAUGAACGCUGCGCCAAAGAUGAAGAAGACUUAAGUGAUACCGAACGUGAUAAUAUAACGUCGUCGGCGGCGUCACAACGUCAUCCACUGCAUCAUCAUCACCACCAUCAACUGCAUCAUGGCGCCAACAGCAAUGCCAUGGGUGUGGGCGAACGCGGUGGUGUAGCGGGCGGACCAGGCGCCGGUGUUGGUGUAGGUGUCGGUGUUGGCGGCCUUGGUGUGGCCGCAGCAGCUGCAGCCGCCACCGCCGCCGGUCUCAACGAACGCGACGUGCUCAACUCACAUGCGGCGCUCCAACAAUCACCCGUCUCUACACACAAUGCGGCCGCCGUCGCCGCGUUGCAACAUCAUCAUCAGCGCGCGCUCAACUACUCACAUUUGGCUGCAGCAGCUGCCGUCGCUGGUGGUGCAGCUGGUGGACCCGGUGCGAAUGCAGCGCUCACUAAUGGACCCGGCUCGGGUGGUGCGCUUGCGGGUACGGAAGCUCUGCUGGCAGCAAAUGAUGCCACAGCGGCUGCCGCUUUGGCUGGUGGACUAGCGCUCGGUCCACUUGCUAUGGAUCCGCAUGGCCUGCCGUCGUCAACCGAGACGUUGCUGCGGAAUAUUCAAAGCCUACUGAAAGUAGCUGCGGACAAUGCACGACAACAGGAGCGACAAAUCAGCUAUGAAAAAGCGGAGCUCAAAAUGGAUGUUUUGCGCGAACGCGAAGUCAAAGAUUCAUUAGAUCGGCAAUUAGCUGAUGAACGGAAACUCAGAGUUUUGUAUCAGAAACGCUACCGUCGCGAGCGUAAAAUGCGCAUACGCUACCAACAGCAACUGGACGGUGGCAAACGAAAACUGACACACCCAUCAAAUGCGGGUGGCAGCACUGGUGGUAAUGGCAACAAUGGUGGUGCUGUUGGGCCCAGCGGCAAUGAGGAGGGACGCAGCAGUGUGGGCGGUGAAUGUAAAAAUAAUAGCGGUGAUGCAGCGACACGUAAAACGGAACCAGAUAACGAUUGCAAAUCGAGCGAAAAGUCUGAGAAGUCGUUGAAUUCCAAUGAUGGCUGUUCGCUAACGCAGCAAUCUCAAAAUCCACAACAACAAUCGCAACAAGCGCAACUACAACAACAACAUCACCUAACACCAUCCCAAACAUUGUCACAUCAUCAUCUACAGCAACAGCAGCAACAACAAUCGCAAUCACAUCACUUGCGGCAACGUUCGGAAAGUCCUAGUUUUAAACGUGAACCACACUCCGAUCGUGAUAGUCCGCUCAUCGGUCGUCGUAGUGUCGAUCGUUUGGAACGUGACGAUCGUGAUCACAACGAACGUGAAUCGCGUGACCAUUGCGAACGUUCGGAACGUGAUUGUGGUGAGGCGUCGGGCAUUGAGCGUACGCUGAGCAUGCCACCCACUUCGCAGGCGGAGAGCAAUUUGGCGGCGGCAGCAGCAGCAGCUGCAGCAGCGGCUGCAGCCAGCGGUGGCAAGGCACCAUGGAACUAUCCGGGCAUCGAUUUAAUGGCCACAGGCGCUUUUUGGCAGAACUAUUCCGAAUCCUUGGCUCAAGAAAUCGAAUUAGAGCGCAAAUCGCGCGCUGCCAAUGCUGAACGUGAUGUGAAGAGUCCACUUACAGAGCGCCCACCAGCUUACUACAAGAAUUCGAUGCUCUUCGGCGGUGCAAACUAGAGAGGAAACUGAAAUACGUGAAACCGUGUGAAAAGUGAGUUAUUUCAAGCAUAAUUCAAAGCAGUGAAAAUCCCGUGAAAAUACAGUGAUUUAUGAAAAAUUAGAAGCAGCAGAGAAUAUUAGUUAUAUUGCAGUAAUGAUCUCAAAGUGAAAUCGCGAAAAUUGUGGAAAAGAGAGUGGAAAAAACAGUAAAUUGUAACUGCUUCGAAAAACAGUAAUUAGUAUACGACAGAUAGAUAGAGCGCGGAGCGGAGAGUGAAAAUAUAAAAAAAUAUUUGUGAAUAAUAAAAAUUAUAGGAAUUUUAAAACAGCAUUUACGAGUAGAGCAAAUAGCAGUACUUACUAAACUAGUUACCAGUGGAGCAUAUGCGUGCGAUUAUAUACAUAUACAAGGUAUUGUAGUUAUAUAGUAGUAGUGUAUAUAGACAAAAUCUAACGUUUUUUUUAUUAAUAUGUAGAUAUUUAUUUGUAAAUUUGCGAAAAUUAUCUUAAAAAAAAGCUUAGCGAAUUCUUAUUUCGGUUUAUGAAUACUUAUAUAAGAACUACUGCAAAAUACGAGAAUACUAAAGAAUUGGAAAAAAAAUACUUGAAAGUAACUAGUAGCCAUAGCUAUGUAAGUGCUUAUACAUACAUACAUAUAUACAUAUUUAUAUAAAUAUGUAUGUAAAGUUAAUUUAUAAGUUUUAGAAAAGCGUACUAAAUUAAGUUUAAUGUUCACAUAUGCUUAUUUAAUUAGGUAAUUUAGUUUACUUAAGCCAGUGAGUACAGCUUUUUCGUAGCGAGUAGUAGUUUAGAUUUUAAGAAAAAUUUAACAUUAUGAUAGAAAUUAUGAGUUCACGUUACAUACAUACAUAGCAUAACAUAGCAUAACAUAGCAUAGCAUAGCAGACAUAGCAUAAAUGAUGCUUAAGUGAUGAAAUCCAGUAGCUAGAGCUGUAAAGCUAUCGAUGGUAAAAUAUCGAUAGAUAUUAUCCGGUACAAUCAUACGAUACUAUCGAUGGUUUUAAUACAAACUAAUAGCGUUUUUAGGCAGCCAAAUUAAUUAUUCAAUUAAAAUUUUUAUUGUGGAACCCUUUUUUGCCUUUUACACUGCCGUCUACUCGAUAACCGAUCAGCUGUUAUACAUUUUUGUUUUUGCUUUUCAUAAGAAGUUGUUAAGUUUCAUCAGUUGAUUGAUAUUUUUGAGCAACCAGAUCUACCAUCUAACUAAAUUAAAAAUUAAUGUAGACUUUUAUUUUGUAUGGUAAAUCGAUCUUAAUAAACGUUUUAAUCGAAUCGGUUAAUUGUAAAAAGGCUAUAACGAAAACAUCGCAUUGGCCGACUAUCGUUAGUUUUGCAGCUCUAGCCAGUAGUUAGUAGUAGAGUAAGUCGGUUAGUUAUAUGCAUAUACCUACUUAUACCAAUAACUAUUAUAAGUAGUUGAGUAAUUGUUUCAAAAUUAAAAAAUAUGCAAAUUCGGCGCUAAAAUAUUGUAAAUACGAGCAAACUUGAAACCUGGCCCCACUAUUUUUUAUUUUUUCCCGUUAAAUUUAUUAUUAUCAACUACAAGGCAAGUGAUGAAAGUCGAAAAUGUGUGGAGCUUUGCAUUACAUAUAGAAUAAUGCAUGUAUUACAAAUAAACUGGGAGUGCAUAUGCCAAAAACAAAAAAAAAAAUAUUAAAAAAAAAUUAAAAAAAAACUCAGUUAUAUUUUAUAAUCCUUAAAAAAAUAUAAAAUUUUAAAUUUUAUUAUUUAAUACAUUUUUUACUAUAAUAUUUUUUUUUUUUGAAUUUUGUAAAAAUCUGGCAACCAUUUUUUAAAUACGAAAAUCUUUUUCCAUUUUUAUACGUCUGCUAUUUCCAACAAAUUUUGAUAAAAAUAAGAUUGCUACUAUUAUUAGUGCAACUUAUGGCAAUUUUAAUCGCCUACAAUAUAUUUUUUUUUGAGAAAUAAAUUUUUUUGUGUAAUAAAUUUUUCUUCCUCAGUGUAUACUUUUUUAAAAUAUAUGUGUAUAUUUCAUGAUUUUCUUUAAUAUUAGCAAGUAAACAGAAAAUCAAAUACUAAGUGUAGCGUUUGUAUAACUAAAAUUUUUCGAAAUUACAAAUUUUUUAAUGAAAUUGGCGAAUUUUUUUUAUAUUUUUCGAAAUUUAGUAAAUUUUUUAAAAAAAUUACCGAUUUUUUUUAUUAAAAAUAAUAAAUUUAUUUCUUAAAAAUUAUUAUUUCCACCAACGCCAGUGAUUUUCGCAAAUAAAAAUUAGUAUGUACAUAAAUAUGAAAGCAGCUCCCAGUUAUGCAGCCAGAUUUGCUUGCGAAAAAAUUUAACAAUUCUAAAAUAUAGUUUCAAACUGUAUUAAAAAAAAUAAAUAACGCUUGUGUAUGUAACAGUAUUUAAUGAAAAUUAUUAUUAAAAAAAAUAUGCUAAUAACUGCAAAAAUACUUAAAUUAAUUUCGAAAAUUAUAUUUCCAUAAAAAGAAAAUAUUGAAUUAGACACGUUAAGCGCAUUAAAAAAUAUUUGAGUAAAACAAAGUUAGUUAUUAAUUAAAUUAUACAUAUAAAUAG